GAGCGAAGAUGUAACUUCGCGCAGGUGCUGUGCGUGUGGAUAUGUGUUUGUGUGCGGGGCGUUCCCCAUACUGCGAUAUUGCGGGAUACUCGGCAUGACUCAUGCACAAGCGGGGCCGGGCCGGCUAUGCGCGUCCGAGUGUCUACGUGCCUCGAGCGCAUUAUUACAUUGCAGCACUGUGGAUCAUUGCAUACGCGUGUAGAUUGUGGAAAACGUGAUAAUAACGACCGACGACAGAGUAAUCGAUAUUUUUACUUCGCGCGGAUGUUUGAGCUAUUUUCGCGCACUUGGCCAUGCCCGUCGUAUAGACACCCGGCUGCCUUUAACAUUUGUCGGUAAUUAAACACGUGUGUACAAUUUUUUUGCCAUUUAUCGCAAAAAUGAAUUGCUCAGUAAUUCGCGAUAAUGUUUCGUAGAAGACGUAUACGUGCCGGUAUCAAUCAAAGUCGCGGGCAGGUGUGUACAAGUCGAAAACAAGCACGUCGCGAUUGACUUUUAACUGACUCACGAAUUAGACGCGCCGCGCUUAAAUUUUAAGCCGAUGAUGUUAUUGGAUAUCAAUCGCGGCUUGAAUUAAAAAUAAAUACAAAUGUCUUAUCUAUUUACAGUUUUGAUCGACCAUAAAAAUGUAAUAAUAUUCACGUUGGCGUUGACGUGGGCUUUUAAUCGUUUUAAAUCGAAAACAGUCUAAACGAAAUGUAAUCUUCAUCGAUCGGCAUGGAAACACGCCAGGCGAUUAUGUAUAUAGCGCGAACAUGAGAGCUUUUUUGAAGUGCGCGACGAUGAUCGAUUGCUGUCUUGUUUAUUUGUCAAGACGACCCAAAACAUUGAGAAUCGACAGAGAAUUUUAAAAUAGUUAAAACCAACAGGUGGAAGGUGAAAUAUUCACGAAGUAGGUUGACCAAUUAAAUGCCCGCGUGUUACAGCUGAUACUAGCAGACAACUUUUCUAACCUGAACUCGCGUGAUGUUUAUAGUCCAUUGCUUUACACUUGUGUUCGCUAAAACUUUCUUUUAUAAAAGCCUUUUAUUGUAGUGAUCGAAUUAUUGUAGUUUUUUAUUGUUAUAAAAAAUGGAACUCGAAAGGUACACUCAAACUUUGGACGAGUUAACUGGAAAACAAAUUACCAUUUAUCUUUAUGAAAACGUUCAGGACAUCGAGAAUGUACACGCCAAAGUUGUAAACAAAGAAUUGCCUUGCUGCAUCAUUAAAGCAAAUGUCAUCGUUGAUCCUUUUCAACUAGUUAUUGCAGCUAAUAAAGCCGCUUUGAAUGAAAAGUAUGGUCAGAUGGUCACAAGAAGUAUUUUCACAGAGGUUAUAUACUCUUUGUCGAUAUCAAAAAACAUCUCACAAGCUUUGAAAGAUUUUGGCAUUUCGAGUGACCACAAGACAAACAAUUAUCUAGUUGUGUUGGUUCACAGAGCAGAGGAUCUUGAAGAAUUAAAUAAGCUAGUUGUCAAUUGUAUCAAAGGUGAAAGAAAGCCAAUAUCACAACUUUCUGAACUUGCUAAUUUGAAGUUGAUAAAAAAAUUGUAUAAAGUUGAUGAUAGAGAGUUGAAAGUGUCUAAUUUAAUUGAUUCAAUUGUGAGCAAAAUAAGUGAAAAAAAAUAGGAUGAGAUUGUCAAAAAGUAGAGUUAUUUUUUAAAUAAAACAAUUAUAAAUU